UUACUACAACUCAUAAAAGUGCUUUUACGGCUUGUGUGUUAUUAUUUCCGCUAGUUUAUUACAGCAAAGUUGUAUUAUUAUAAUCGCAAAGGCAACAUGUCUGUUCAUUUCAGCUAUUGUAAACAAUGUGAAAACAUAUGAUAAUUGCAUUAACAUGCAUGUGAUAGAAUAAGAGGUUUUUACACAUCUAAUGAUAACAGCAGAACAGCCUGUUGAGCCUGACAUCAGUCAUCAUGCUGACUGAACAGAUUGUCAAUGAGUUUAAAGUGAGAGCUCUGGCCUGCCAUCCUGACAAACACCCAGAGAACCCCAAAGCAGUGGAGGAGUUCCAGAAGUUACAGGAAGCUAAAGAGGUUCUCACAGAUGAGAAGAAAAGAAAGAAUUACGAUCUCUGGCUCAGAAGUCGAAUUGUAAUCCCGUUCAGCGAGUGGCGAGCGCUCAGUGACUCCGUUAAAACAUCAAUGCAUUGGGCUGCGAGGACCAAGAAAGAGCCAAUGCUUGAGGCUGCAAAAGAUCCAGAUCCAGUGAAAGUGAAGCGAGUGAAUCUGGAGGAGAAACCGUCUGAACCGUCACUGCCAUCCAGUGAUCAUUGGCACCACAGGUUUCGCUGGGCUGGUGAAGCUCCCUCGGGCCUUUUACAGAAGUUCAGGAACUAUGAAAUAUAAAUGCAUAUUUUCUGUUGCUCUACAUGCUUUUGUGUGUAAGUGCAUGCAUUCCAUAUAUAGAGUAAAGAAUCAGAACAUUUACUAUGUUUCACCAUUUAUGGCAUAACAUUGACUUUGUCUGUCUGUUUGUUUUGUAGGAUGUUAAUAUAUGUUGAUAUUAAUGUUCAGCAGUGACGCUUCGUAUAUGCCUUAAAUGUCCAAUCAGAAUUGUUUUCCUGAAAUAUGAGUAAAACAUGUUUUCAAGCCUGCUGAUUUGCACAAGAAACGAUUAUAAAGU